UUAUUAUUAUUAUUAUUAUUAUUAUUAUAUUAUCAUUACAAGUAAAUGUCUCAGAAGACAAACCAACAAUGUGCAAAAUAUUAACCAAGCAGUUUUAUUUAUAAUAAUAAAUUGACUUAAAUAAAAAGUGCUUGUUUUUGCCAUUUUUAGUUGGAUAUUUUCGGUUGCCUAAUAUUUGGUGCAUACCUAUAUUUUGUUAUUAAUGCCACACAUUUUAAUAUAAAAAAAGAAGUGACGUGAAAAAAAAUCAACUAAAAAAAGGUUAUCCCAACCACCAGCCUCUCUCAUCCCUUCAGCUUAGUCAUUUUUCUCAGUCCUAGCUCCACUUAUCAGAAGGGGUCUGGCCUUCCUGCCUCCUGCUCUGUCCCUCUUACAGUCUCCUCCCACAGUCUCCUCCCACAUCAUCAUAUCCUGAUAGUGUGGUCAACUCUAGCUAAAUAAAAAACUGUGCCUAAUGUCCUAUUACGGGUGUGAAUGUGACAUUGAAGAUGAGUGCUGAAUGUUACACAACCAUAUAUACCACAUAUGUCACAGGCCCACCUUUUGAUCUGAUGCAUGAUGGGAUGAAACAGUACAAGUCAUGCUCUUUCUAUUUCCUCCUCACUCACUUCAGAGCAUGUGGUCUGGAUUCCAGUCCUGUUAUUAGAGGGGAGAGGGGAGAUGCGGGUGGGGGUGUAAUAGGCCUCCCUGUACUUCACCAUCAGCAACAGCAGCAACAACACAUACCCGACCAGUGAGAUCAUCGCCCACUCCAUCUCACAGCUAUGUAACUGGGGGCCUGUUGAGACACUCAAGGCCCAGGGUUCAGACAGACCACCCUGGAUGAAACCAAAACAAAGGCCUUCAUUCAUAAAACUCUGCCUCAGAGUAAACUUUUCUAAUGUUUAAAACAACAGUUUUUUUCUGUUUUAUUUCUGUCCUUGAUUCCAGUAAAUUUUUUGAUGUGAGGAAGGCUUUGUUUCCGUGGUUCUAGCAGAUGUUCUGCAGAGAAAGAGCAAGAAAAAGAGACAGAGAGAGGGAGGGAGAGCGUGGGGAGGAAUGUGGGGAGGAGACUUCAAAGUGAUAAGUAACCAAAUACGUCCCUUUGAGGACAAAGCUCUCUGUUUUUGUGGGAACAGACAAUCUCAGGCUUUCUACCAGGAAAACCGAAACUGCCUUUUCUCCACAAAGGACAAGAUAAAUAGAACAUUUUAACCCUACAAUGGCAGAGCUUCUAAAAGUUUAAUUCAAGAUAAUUUAAGUACAUUGUUCUAGAAAAAUAGAAUGUACAGCUGGAGUUCCUUAUAGACUCGUUUCAGUCUGAUCUUUUGGUCUUUGGAGCAUUUUAAUUGGUUCGUUGCUGGCACAUACCUACAGCACUCCCUGCAUAUCUUUACAUAAAUGAAAACGAGUCGAGACUUCUUCUUCAUUCUUGUGUGCACGAGUCUGACACACCUUAGUUAUACAAGCUGCUGCGUGGGAAGAUAGAUCAAACUCCACACUACAACAAAUGUUAAAGAGUAAACUUCAAUAAGCCUGAUUCAUUCACUGUGAUUUCAGAUCAUUUCAAAGCAGUGUUAAUAAUAUACUCAUAACAACAAAGCAGCAGCAAUGUCUUAUCCAGAGGUUUCACAGUGAGUCAGUGAAUAUAGUCCUAUGGUUUCCUGCUCUUAAUAUACCUUUAAAAUGUUCUAGGAACAUUAAGCAAUAGGCACAGAUUCAUGUUUGGGGAAACUUUAGCAGUUGAAACAUUUGCAGUUCUGUGCUCUUCAUUAUUGUGUGCAUGUGAAGUCUGCAAGGCUUUAGUGUGGGGUGUCUCAUUCUAGUCCUCUACACUCCCUUCCUGCAGCAUUUGGUUACUGCAGAUUUAAAAGUGCCCUAAAUUUCCUUGAGGUACAGCCAAGAACUGAUUGAGUUGAACUGAUAUGAGUUGAUGGCCUUGUUUACACCUUUCUGACAAACAGCAGAGAACAUUUCCAGCUGUUAUUCAGCUGAGUUCAUUCAUUUAACUGCUCAUUGAGCUGCAUAAUGUUUGUCAUGUGAACUGAGCUGUGGAAUACAUCAACCAAAUCAAUGAAGGAAAUGCGUUAAAACAGGAAAAAUGGGUAAGCAUAAAGAUCUGAGCAACUGUGACAUGGGACACGUUGUGUUGGCUAGACCAGUAUUUCUUGACACUAUUUAUGGUGACUCACUCCCCUGCACUUUUUGGUUUUUUAGUGCUUCCAGAUCCAAAUAAUCACUGAACAGCCCAUUAUUAAGUUAGAGUGUGUGUAUGUUAAAGCAGAAAAAACAUUAAAAUUUGCAAUACAGUGAGCCUCAUUGACCAGGGUUAAGAAAACGAGAAAAUGAAAAAAGAGUUAAACCACUGGGUCAAAUCUUACAAAAAUAUCAAUGGUAUGCAGUGGUCAGUUUACCCAUCAAAAGUGGUCUGAGAGAGGACAUGCAAUAAUCUGAUGAUAGGGUCAUGCACACCUAUAGCUCACUGAGACCCCACCUCAUAACAUACAGGCAUGCUGACUUAAAGGAUCUGCUGCCAAGAUAACAGAACUUUUUUAGAGGCCAUUGUAAUGGUCAGAUCUGUUAAGCUGGCACAAGGGCGACUUAUUCAGCAUUAAACAGGUGGUGCUAAUGCUAUGACUGAUCGCUGCACAUGCAAAUGAGCUUUAAAAAGGCAAACAAAUAAACAAACAUGUAUGACCGAUAACAAUCUUUCUGGGUAUGACAUACGCAGAAACUGCACGCCACACCGCUCUGCCCUUUCAAACCCAGCACCCUCUAGGUGUUUUUCGCUCUGCAUCUGCACACUGCAAAUGUAACCAAACCUGGAUGAGCACCGCAUGGCUCAUAGCUCUAUUUGAGAAAGGCCUAAUAUAACAAAAAGCUAAUAAAAUAGUCAGGACUCAUACCGGCGGCCAUUGUGCGCCGUACAGGAUGUGUAAACUUUGUUUAGGAUAGUGUGUUCUUUCGUGAGUUUAGGGAAAUGGAAUACUUUUUUUUUUCCUUGAAUGUGAAUGUGUGAAUGAAAAGUGGGAGACAAGCAAUGUUUGUUCAAAUCAACACUGCGUCCUUGUUCACCAAGGACAAGGCCUCUCUUUCAGCAGACCACAUUCUUUUUAACAAAGGCAGGAAUUAUACUGCAUGAUCCACCACAGCCAAUGAAAAAAAUACCUCUUGAUCUCAUGGGGAAUUCUGAUGGGCCAACAGAUAUAUCAUUUUCUAAAUGCCAUUGUUUCUGUUGGGUUUGAGGAAAGUCCAUCCUUAUUUUAUAGCAACACUUAUUUUAUGUCCUCUCCAGAUACAACAUCUUCUUACCUUAGAUUUAGAUUUUGAACCAAAGAUCCCCGUAAAUUUUACCCAGAAAGGGAAUUCCCUUUCUGCUUUACUGUAAGUUGGGUAAUUAAAGUAUUUAGUUUCAAUAUGUGAGAGGGGAAUCUAUAUAAAUUCAUUCAGUGUUUUUUAUGGUUUGUUUUUCUGUUUUCAGUGUCCCAUGAAGUCCCACACUCUUAGACUAUCUCUUAGACUAGCUUUUAGACUAAGAAAUCCUGCUUGUUAGCAUUCUCUGUAAAAUCAUUCCAGCAAUUACAAGCAUGUAAAGGCAGGCAAAGUUCAAAGAUUUCCGAAAACAUUCCUGCUUGUGGUAUAAGACAGCUAUGUGGUAAAAAAAAAAAAAAAACUGCACACAAACUUACUCAUCUUUUACUUCUAAAAUAAAAUAUAUUAAUAGAGAGUUUGUUUCCACUUUGCAGCAGAAACAGCCUCUACUUUACUUUUCUGGGAAAGAUUUACACUAAAUGUUGAAUCAUUGCUGUGAGGAUGUGAUUAUGUUUGGUGUUUGUGAUUGUUUCUUGUUUCUCAUUCAAUGUUUUCCUAUAUUUCUUAACUUAACUUAUUAUUAUGAAUUAUUUUUUCCCUCCUAUUUUUAUGUGCUGCAUUUUUACUUGUUACAAUUAUAAAAAUGUUAGAAAUCAUUUCAAACUCACAUUAUCACUUAAGCCAGAGCGGUAGAUGCUCUGCACUGUCACUGGGUUCGAUGAAGCUACUCAUCAUUGAGUAUCAAACAAUCAAGCUGAUCUUAUAAGAAGACCACAAUGCUCCUGUUCUACAUUUCAACUUUGAGAACUUUCCACUGCUUUCUGUAAUAACUUCACAACACAGUACUGUUCUUUUACUUACAGUACUUUAGUUCAACAUUUUACAAUAAACUACUUGCUCAAAUACUGCUUGCUUAAGUAUAAAAAAUGUUGAAUACUUUAGUACUUCGACUUAAGUGAUGUGCUUAACCCUUUCAGACAAUGUAUGCAUUGCAAUGGACAUCAUCUGUCUUCUUCUUUGUUUACUUAAAAAACACUUUAACUUCUACUCAAGUUGUUUUUGAUUAAAAUACUUGUACUUUUACUCACAUCUGGGUCUCUAGUACUUUCAUAAAAUACAACAUCAAUGCUAAAUAUGCUAAAGGAAGAAGGAAACAUUCUCUUUGCUGAAUAUUUUCUUCAUUGCAUUCCUGCUUCACAUUCACACCAAUUUACUUUAGGUAUGCAACUAAUGAUUAUUAUGGCAGUUGAUUAAUCUAAUGAUUCUUUUUUUUUUAUUAGUCGAUUAGUCAACAAUUAUUUCUGCCAUGUCCUUUAAAAACGAUAGAAACAGCUGAACAUAAGAUUUAAAAAGCAUUUCAAUGUUGUUGAAACAUGGAAAUUACUGAUAUUUAGUGAGUAAAUAUGUAAUCUGUGUAAUAUGUAAUGAGUUUGGGCACUUUUGGAGACGAUUAAGUUGAGUGUAAUCUGCGUGAGUGAGCCUGUUACCCAUCUCACAUUGCACUUCUGUCCCCAGCACUUUAAUGUGUAAUGUGGUACUGAUACAAAUUAACGAUUAGUUGACAAUAACAUUUGUAGUCGACAAAUUAAAAUAAUCUAAAUUGUUGAUUAUGUCGACUAAUCGUUGCAGCCCAAGUUUAUUUUACUGUAACAGGAGAUGGCAGUUUAAAUGGGCAAAUCUCCAUGGGCCUCAUGAUCCAGACCCACCUUGGUCCUGGGGAAGCCAUGCUCUUCAUAUUUUUCUGAUUUCUCUGAAUUCUACACAAAGCUACACAUGACCCAGCACAUGAUGAGCAUGUUAAUAAGUCACUGAGCUGAAUGGAGAUAAAUGUCAGAUAAAGGAAAGCUUAUUAUGAACAGAAAGACUUCAAAGCACCAAAUCACAGUACGGGGUUACUGCAGUUCAGUCCCUCUCAGGACUUCUGUCUCCACCUGGCGCUCGUGCAGUGAAUCAUCGUAGUGCUCCAUUAGCUGGGUCUGAAUAAGGUAAAACACAUCGAUUGUGCUUUUUUAAUGCGUAUUAGCAAGUCUCUGAAUUAGAAAGACGCGAAUAUUUUUACAUGUAGUGAAAAAACACACACACACUCAGUGUCAUAGUGUCUGUUUUAGUGCAUUAAAUAGAGGUGGGUAACCCAGGUCCUGAAAGUUAAAAUCCACCCCAGGGUUUUGUACCAACUGCAUGGGCAGCCCUGCUGCAGCUCAUAUAUACAAAGAGCCUCCCAGGCAGUCGGUACAAAACCAUGGGAUGUAUUUUUCUUCUACUUUCUGGACCUGGGUUACCCACCUCUACUAUUAAAGCUCCUCAGGGUGGUCUGUGGACCCUGCUGCUAGCUACACAGUCUACCCAUAAGUAGAGAUACAGCCAGUUGAUGUAACUCGGAGCCCCGCCGCUGUUCUGUGCUGGUUUAUUUCUGAGGGAAGGAAAAAUGAGCCUGGCGUUCAGUCGAGCUCCCCGGAAAAACGCGGGGAGCCGCAUGUCCAAACUGCUGGAUGCAGAGGAAGAAGACGAGUUCUACAAGACCACCUAUGGAGGCUUCAAUGAUGAAUCCGGAGAUGAUGAGUACAAAGGAGAUCUUUCGGACACAGAGGAUGAGGUGGACAGUGACUUUGACAUCGAUGAAGGAGAAGAACCUGACAGUGAGCAGGAGGAGGAUGGACCUCGCAGGAAGACCAGAGUUGUUACCAAGGCCUACAAGGAGCCCAUUAAAGCUGUGAAACCAAAGCCCAAGCCGAAGAAGCUCAGUGAGCUGCCCAGGAGGGCAGACAAGACCAAGACUGACAAACACAAAACCUUCGAGCUCCAAGAAGACAUCAGCAAGAACAGGAAAUCUGUGCGGCAGUCCACAACCGAGCACACACGGUUGACCUACCUGAGACUACAGGAGAGACAGGUGGCUCCACGCCGCAGGAAAGGCACACGUCACGAACGUCCUCUGACUCAGGCCGAGCUCCUAGCUGAGGCCAAGGUCACAGCGGAGAUUAACCUGCGCUCACUAGAGAACUAUGAGCGUCUGGAGGCGGAUAAGAAGAAGCAAGUCCAUAAAAAGCGUCAGUGUGUGGGCCCAGUCAUCCGCUACCACUCCGUUCUGAUGCCUCUGGUGUCUAACCCCUCUUUAAAAGAGGAGAAUGUGGAUGUGGAGGGGUUGGACCAGGACCCCCAGCAGUCUCAUCCAGGCCCUGCAGCAGGGGCUGCAAUGUCCUCCCAGUCUGAAACACCCCUUUCUGGCCAGCAGCCAUCCACCUCUGCCUCUUUACCACCUGGAGGUGCCAGAUGCUCUAGGACGUACAUCACCUUCAGUGAUGAGGACACCUUCCAGUCCUUCUUCCCCAAAACCCCCGCCCCCCGAGUUCCUGCCAGAGAAGUGUGUCCCGUCACUCACAAACCAGCCCUGUACCGUGACCCAAUCACAGACAUUCCAUAUGCUAACCUUAGAGCCUUCAAGAUUAUUCGCGAGGCCUAUAAGAAGUAUGUGGCAGCUCAUGGUCUGCCGUGCCCUGGUGCUACUCUGCCAGCAGAGCCCACUGCCAAGAACCCGAGGCAAAAGAUUGUCAUCAAACAAGGCAUGUAGAGACACAAAAAUGGGGAGAUAGAGAGAGGAAGAUCUGUCUGAAAAACAAACAAGGACUAACUAUUUUGAUGUGCUAUAACAGGCUUGCCCAUUUCUUUGAAGCCACUAACCUAAACUUCAGAAAGUACCACAAAUUUGUACAGGCCUCAUUUCGAGUAUCCCCAAAACAUGAGUGGACCAGUUAAUGGUUGGACAGUGUUUUUUUAUCUCGUUUAAAGGUCCACAUAGAGGUCAAAAUUCAAAGCAAGACAUGUAAUUUCAGCAUGGCUAGCCUUGCUGAUCUAGAAAAUUCUAGAAUUUUUUUUGCUGAUGUUGUUUUCGUUCCUGUUUCUUAUCUUUGUUUUUCCCUUCUUUUGCUGUGUAAUAAGAUUUGCAAACUCACAUGAAAACGAACAUUCUGCCACAUUCAGCCUGUCCUUUUACUUCCACUCAUGCUGUGUCUGAGGCCUGAGUGUAAGUAUGUUAAUUCAAAAGCUUGAUUAUUAACCAUAUAUGUUACAUAUUUACUGUUCAUAUAAUGUAAAUGAGUAAGUUAAAAAUCCUAAAUUGUUAACUGACAGUGUAAGACCACUAUUUAUGAUGUGUAGAAGUUUUAUUUUUGUGUGAUUGUAAUUUUGACUAGCAACGAGAAAUAUUUACACUAAUACUAAAGAAAUGUACUGUAAGUUACAUUACCAAAGGACAAAAACAUGGUUAUAAGUAAGCAAAUACACUUAAGACACUUAAUAAUUCCUGAAUGUCAACCAUCAACCCUUUUGGGUCAUGGUUUCAGGCUCAUGUUUACUGUAUAGUAGAUAUGUUGCUGCAGUUCAGUGUAGCAAGUCCAUUUACUGGACUGUUUAUUUUACAUGCUUGUGGAGCUUAGACAGUGCAUUUCAUUUCAGUUCUGUUAACAAGUUCAUAAUGAAAACAUUCUGAAUGUAUAACUUCACAGCUGAAGGACAAACAAGGUUCAUAUCCUUACUUUUGAAAUAAUUCAGCUACUUUAAGUUGCACCCAUUGCUGACAAGAGAUGUUCAAAUGAAACUUGUUUAGUCCACUUUGGAGUAGUGGAGCUGUGUUCUCUGGCAUUGUGGCUCCAUCCAAUACCUUUGCAAUGAGGUAAGGAGUUGGGAAUGAAGUGAUCAUCCAACAGCCUGAUUUCCCGAUUGCUCUUGUAGCUAAAUGCAAUCAAAUCCUCACAAAACAUUUAAUACCCUUUAUUUAGGAAGAAAUAAUGAUUAAGAAAGUGUCCCAAUACUUUUGUCCAUUUUUAAAUGUAAUUUACUUUGUCCACAAUAGCAACUUUACAGAAAAAAAGAAAAAAAAGUCUUAACGUUAAUGGAAGUCAAUUUCUAUAGGUCCAUUCAUCAUGAAAUGUUGACACUAUAUUAAAGAGAACCAGAUUAAAAUUAUUUAAAAAAAUGGAAAAAUGCAAAAAUUAUUAUAUUUUUGUGUACGUCAUAAAUAUAUGUCAGUCUGGGGAUCAAGCACUAAUGCUCCAAUUGGUGCAGAUUGCUCUGCUGAUGCUGAUUGUGCUGAUUGACAUUAAGCUAUUUUACAGUAUUUAAAUGUUUACAGACUGUAGUUUGCAUUAGUCAGUGUUUUAUUAAUGAUUGUGAAAUCCUGUGUUGCACUUUAAUACUACAGUUAAUGCUGUUUAUGUACAGAUGCUUUAAACCUGCUUUAGGGUGUUCAAUACUGUUUAUUUAGACUUGAAUGUGUUAAACAUG